AUGAAGGCCAAAGGGAAGAAGAAAAGGCGUACAGCUGAUAAAGAAGCCUUUUCUGAGGAGUCUGCAAUGAGAAAAAAGGAACUGGUGAAAUGCCUGCGGCACACAGAGAGGAGGAGUGGGGGAAGCAAGGAGAGCAGCAAGAUUGCUGCAGCCAGAGCCAAGCAUCCUUGGAGCAGUAAAGACAGACAUUUGAGGAGACUGGAAAGCAAUGAGCGGGAGAGGCAGAGAAUGCACAAGCUCAACAAUGCGUUCCAGGCCUUGCGGGAGGUAAUCCCUCAUGUGAGAGCUGAGAAUAAACUUUCCAAAAUAGAGACUCUCACACUGGCCAAGAAUUACAUUAAAUCAUUGACCUCCAUUAUACUCAAUAUGUCCAAUGGACACUUCCCAGCUGCAGAAGGGCUGGGGGGAUCCUGGGGGCCCAAACUGUACCAGCAUUAUCAACAGCAACGUGGGGAUGAUGAUCAUAGCUUCAGCAAAAAUACCUAG